AUGCAGGACUCGUCGUAUUCAAAGAAAAUUGCUCUAUUUUGGAAGAAUGCAUUCAGCAGGGCUUCAUCACACAGUGCCCGCAACAGAUCCUUCAAGCUUCCACUGGCCAGAAUCAAAAGACUCAUGAAGGUAGAGGAGGAUGUUAAAAUGGUGGCUGCGGAGGUCCCUAUUCUUUUUUCACUCAUAACGGAAGUGUUUAUCCAGGAACUGACUGUCCGUGCAUGGAUGAGCACAGAAGACGGGAGAAGGAAGAUUCUGCAGUCAAACGAUAUUAACUUUGCAGUCAAGACAUCCUCGAUGUACGACUUCCUGACCUACAUUGUUCCCAGCAACGGCUAUGUCAGCAGUAGCUAUGGCGGCGAUAAAGAACAGUAUGUGCCGCAUGCCUUUCUAGAAAAGUAUCCAUUCCAGGAAACAUUGGCACAUGAAAACACUGCGUUACAGCAGAAUCAGAUCUUUGAGGACGGCAUACAUGAGAAUAAUCAACAAUGA